CGCUGAGCGUCAGGGAAAGGGGGCGGUCACGUGACGUGCUGCGCGGCGGCCAUCUUAGAAUCGGCGGAGAAUCCGCAGCGACGGCGACGACGACGACUGAGAGGCGGAGACGGACUUUCCUGAUUCACCGGAGAUCUGUUUCUCUUAGGUGGUGGUGAGACAUCAGGUCAUCAGAAUAAUACUCUACAAAGCUAUUUUUAGUUGUAUUGCAGUUUGAUUUGCAUCUGGAAUCCUGUCCUGACGGAAACUAGAAAGGACACGGAGUUGACAUCCACAGCUUUCUGAUGCCCUAGUCUCUAUGGCUGCCAGCGCUCGACUUCGAGUCAGACGCUGUCCCCACCAAAAUCUGAACUAAAGCAUUAACUUCAAGCACAGGUGCUGAGACCAAUUGUAGUAACCUCUCCCCCCAAUCAUCUUUGAAGACAGUGUGUAACCAGCUGAGCUACUGGGGAAAUUUGAAGUAAGCCAGAGUGUUUUGUAAACUAUAAAGGGAAUUACCUUCAGACCCAUUCAUCUGUUGUAAUAGCCACUCGGAAGAACAUAUCUUGGGGAGUCUCCAACGCCGGUUGUAGGUUGGGGAAUCUGACCUGUGGUUCAGGUCGUGAGCUCUCAGGUCUCAGAGCGUUUGCACUAGGUUUCACCCUUUAAAAUGGGGCCACAGCAAGAAAAACUUGGGGAAGGACUAACAUAGAGCUGUUUGUCAGAAGACAAGGAAAUGGCAGCAGAGACGCAGACGCUCAACUUUGGACCUGAAUGGCUUCGUGCAUUGUCCAGUGGUGGAAGUAUUGCAUCCCCACCUCCUUCACCUGCAUUGCCAAAAUACAAACUAGCAGAUUAUCGAUAUGGAAGAGAGGAAAUGCUAGCACUUUAUAUGAAAGAUAACAAGGUUCCCGAAGAGUUGUCGGACAAAGAAUUUCUGGCUGUCUUACAAGAUGAGCCACUUCUGCCUUUAGCACUUGUACCUCUUACAGAGGAAGAGCAGAGAAAUUUUUCUAUGUCCGUGAACAGCUCUGCAGUGAUGAGGUUGAUGGGGCGGGGAGGAGGAGCCCCAUCAGCAGGGGUUGUCAGAGGCCGAGGCAGUACAAGAGGCCGAGGUCGAGGAAGAGGUGAAAGUGGUUACUACCAAAGAAGUUUUGAAGAUGGUGAAGGGGGGUUUGGCCGUGGAGCGCGUGAAAUGCUGCGAAGUCAAAGCUGGGAAGAAAGAGGUGACAGAAGAUUUGAAAAACCUGGACGGAGAGAUGGAGUACGGGUAGGGUUUGAGGAAGUAGCUCCCACAUCACGCAAGCAGGAUUUUGCACGUUCUGACAGUGAGAAUUGGCGAGCCAUUCGAGAAGAACAAAAUGGUGAAGAGGAAGACGGAGGCUGGAGGACAGCCGGAGCAAGAAGAGAAGGCGAAAGGUGGCGGCCCCCGAGUCCAGAUGGUCCUCGCUCAGCAGGCUGGAGGGACCAUGCUGAUCGGCGGCGACGGUUUGACUUUGACUUCCGGGAACGAGAUGAGGAGCGUACCUACAGAAGGGGCAGAACAGGUAGCGGAAGCUAUGAGGAUGAGAAGGAUAAUUUACCCGAGUGGUGCCUAGAAGAUGCAGAAGAGGAAAUGGGGACGUUUGAUUCAUCUGGAGCUUUCAUGUCAUUAAAGAAAGGUUCCAAAGAACCAAUUCCUGAAGAGCAGGAGCUGGAAUUUCGAGGAGUAGAUGAGUUGGAUGAACGACCAGAAAAUGAAUAUGAUAUGGAUUUCUAUAAAGAGCCUGAUAGGACUGAAAACGAGGAUGCAGACAAAACAGAUCUUCCAGCUGAGGUUUGCAAUGGCAAAAUAUCGCCAUCAUGCUCAUCAUCCUCUCCAUCAGAGUCACAGGCCCAGGAGGUUUUUCUCGCGGUACCAGAAGAGUGUGAACCUAGUGCGCACAGGGCAGAACCUGACAUGGUGGACUCUGCAUCAGAUGCUCCAGGACAGAGCAAACCUGCUGAUGAUGCUGUGAAUCUGGGCCAAACUGCUCAGCUAAGCCCUGCAACAGUGUCCACAUUAUCAUCGUCCUCGCCUUCCUCUUCUCCUCCCUAUCCCAGCACCGUUGCCGAAUUUGCACCAGUGGACAAUGACGACGAUGAUGGGAUGAAACGUUUUGAACAGGAGGCUGAGAAAAUGGUGGCGUCCCUACACGACAACUCACUGGACGAUGAACGAUUUGUUGAGAUGAUGCAAGAUCAGAGGAAUCGAGCUGCUGCUGCCUUACCCCUCUCUCAUGAGGCAGCCAUGAAAUGGUUCUAUAAGGAUCCGCAGGGAGAGAUCCAAGGUCCGUUUACGACGCAGGAAAUGGCUGACUGGUUCCAAGCUGGAUAUUUUCCCAUGUCUCUCUUGGUUAAACGGGGUUGUGAUGAGGGCUUCCAGCCUCUCGGGGAUGUGAUUAAGAUGUGGGGAAGAGUGCCUUUUGCUCCUGGCCCCUCUCCUCCACCAUUGCUGCGUGUCCCUUACUCUGUAAACCAUCAGCCAAGCAACCAAGAGAACGGACAAGUGGAAUUGUGGUCUCCUCACAGCCCUGCUGAAAAUGCUACUUUAUGUCAGCAGGGCGAUAUGGACCAGGGGAGACUGAAAAAGCAGCGGGAGUUGGCAGCUGCCUUGUACCAUCAGCUUCAGUACCAGCAAUUUCUGCAACUCAUAAACAGCCGGCAGCAACUAGUGCAGUGUGCACUGCAGCAGAAGGCAAACAUGACACCCCAGCAACAGCAGCAACUUGUGGUGUUCCUGCAGCAGAUCCAGGCCCUCAAAUCAAGGUGUGCAGAGCAAAAUUUGAUUCCUGCUAUCAACAGAUCCAUGUCAGUGCCUGAAACUGGGUCUCUGUGGGACCUUCCAACUUCUGCUUCGCAGCCCUCAGGUUGUGAUGCAGGGAGCUUGUGGGAUUCAGCAUCUCAGGGUCCUCUGCUGGAACAAAUUCAAAAACUAGAGCGAGAGAAAGCUACAAAACUAAAGCAGGAGCGAAGAGACGCCGAACUCAGGAAUAAAAGGGAAGAGGAUGACAGAAAACGGCAGGAUGAAAUCAGGUGGCAAGAGGAAGAACGUAAACGUCGGGAUGAGGAUGAGCUAACUAGGAGGAAGCAGGAGGAGGUCGUUCGAUUUCAGAGGGAACAGCAGGAGGAGGUUGCCCGGCGCCAAAGAGAAGAGGAGGAUCGUCGACAAGAGGAAGCCCUGAGGCGACGUGAUGAAGAAGAAAGACGGCAGAUGGAGGACAUCCUCCGUAAGCAGGAGAAAGACAGGAGGCAACAGGAUGAAACGCGCCGGUGGCUGGAGGAAGAGGAGAGCAGGCGCCAAUUGGAGGAGGAAGCCAGGCGAAGGCUUGCCGAGGAGGAGGAACGGAAACGAAAGGAAAUGGAUCUGCAGCUUCAGCGGCAGCAGGAGAUGCUGCGACACAGGCAGCAGCAAGAGGCUCUGAGGCGUUUACAGCAGCAGCAGCAAUUAGCACACAUAAAGAUCCCCUCUUCUACUUCAUGGGGGCAGCAGUCCAACUCGGUACCACCACUUCAGAAAUUGGAGGAAGAAAGGGAGCGACACCGCAGGGAGGAGCAGUGUCGUCAGCAACAGGAGAUAAUGAAAGCCCUUCAACAGCACCAGCAGCAGAAGUCACCUGGCUGGAACAAUCUCCCCAAGCAGUCAAUGUCUGUCAAGUCGUUAUUGGAGAUGCAGCAAGAGCUGCAGAAACAGCAACAGCAGAGGGCACAGGCACGAGCACAUUCCAGUAUGCCUAUGAACAACUCUUCAGUGUGGGGAUUGCCUGGCCAGUGGGGGUCCGAUAUGAGCAGCAUGUGGAGCAUGCACGAAAAUAAGAACUCUAACAUGAGCCUUUGGGGAGACGAAGCUGUGAAGAGCACAGGCCCUGUGAUUAGAAGUGCUGGACUAAAGAACAGCAGGAGUAGUCCUUCAUUGAGUGACUCAUAUGGAAUUCCUACCAGACCAAGCAAAAAGAAAACUGAGGAGGAGGAAAAGUUACUGAAGCUGUUCCAGGGAAUGAGCAAAACUCAGGACGGCUUCACUCAGUGGUGCGAGCAAAUGCUACAUGUCCUUAACACAGCCAAUAACCUUGAUGUACCCACAUUUGUAUCCUUUCUUAAAGAAGUUGACUCACCAUAUGAGGUGCAUGAUUACAUCCGUGCUUACCUGGGUGACACCCCAGAGGCCAAAGAGUUUGCCAAGCAGUUCCUGGAGCGUCGUGCCAAACAAAAGGCCAACCAACAAAGACAACAACAACAGCAGUUAACAAAGGAACUUUUGAGCCUCACUGGGAACCUCGCUCUGCAGCCUGACAGGUUACAGGACUCCAUCUGGGGAAUCGGUUCAAACAGCCUACAGUCACUCUUCCAGGGUAAUCACAACAGUGCACAGCAAUCGUCUUACGAGAGCUCGCAAGCUGGGAAAAAGAAAAAGAAGCAAAAGAUGGUGCGGGCUGAUCCUAGUAUCCUGGGCUUUUCUGUGAAUGCAUCAUCAGAGCGACUGAACAUGGGAGAAAUAGAGACAAUGGAUGACUUUUAAACAAGGUUUAAAAACAAACGAUAUUCCUAAAAGCUGCCUUUGACUCCUACUCGACCGUACCUGGAACAUGCUUCAUGGCAGGUGGUCACAGUGAUGGAUCCAGGAUCUCCGCUCCCUCUGCUGGCAAGAAGUGUGAAAUUCACUUAAUUUUUUUGGUGAAUCCUCUGGGUACUUCUGUUCUUCAUUGGAUGAAGCACCUUAAUAACCAUGCACUUUAUUAGACGUUGUACAUAGACUGAAACUGGAGGUUUUCUUGAAUUUAAAAAAGUUCCUUUUUUGGAAAUAUAUCUGCAAAACACUGUUACUGUUCUUUUUUUUUUAAAUGUUUUUUUUGAAAGGAUGUGGAGCCUGAAGAAAUGCACUUAGAGACUGAAUCCAGAACUGGAACUUUUGGUGUGCUAUAAUUUGGACAAUGUGAUUGCAAGUUUGGGUCCCUACCUAAAAUAAAAGGAGAGGCGAACAAAGAGAGUGAGGAGAGAGAGAUAGGGAAACCCAGGCAUCAGGAGGCCACUUUCUGAGUUUUACUUUGGUUGCACACACAGCACCAAGCUACAUUGGACUUAACUAGACAGCACUGCGCGAGUGUGGACUUUCAGCGUUUUCGUGGUGCUCUAUACAAGGAAUGUAAAAAAAUAAAUAAUAAAUAAGUACUUGGACAGGGUGGUUCAAGUGGACUGCUGCGUUGACAGCUUCUUUUGGUUGGUUUUGUUUCUUAAAAACAAGCAGCUAUUGCGGCCCCACACCCCAAACAUGGCAUGCCUCGACACACUGCCCUGGCCCUACUUCUGUUAAUCUAGCUAUCCAACUCCCUAGCGAAACGAAAGCAGAACUUGAUGGCCAGAACUGCCACAGCAGACCCAGAAUCGGGGGUUGGAACUAAUGGACGAGAGGAAAGGAUUGAAAACGGUGACAGCCUACGUUCUGCCCAACAUUGUUUGGGAGGUGACGAGACAGCAGCAAACCCAGGAUUUGCCUUGCCGCCAACACCAUCCCCCAUCCCAAACAAAGAAGAAUUGACCGGACAGCACUGCAACAGCAGUAUGCUCAUCGCCACUGUUGAUAUGGGACCAUUUCAGACUGACUUGUGCAUGUGUUUUUAAAAGGUGCAGGUCAUUAUAUUUCAUCUGGUGUUUUUUCCCUUCCAAAUUUCUGUUCCCCAUAAAAGUUGAUUCAGAAUUGGUUAUAAUAGGAUACAUCUCUACAGAGAGUUUGCUGCUUUAGUUUUGAUCUCUAGCAGAGUGGCUCCAAUUACAAUAAUGCUUUUAUCCUCCCACUUACUUUACAAAUUCCUUUCUCGCACCAACCCACACCUUGUCUUAAAGCUUUUGAGAAACAUGGUCAUUCAGAAGUAAAAUCCAGUGAGGCGAGGCAGACCUGUGCAGUAUUUGUUUCACAAGUCAGCUCUCCAUUGGAAGAUUGGCAUCCCACCUGUGUUUUAUCUUGUGGCUGUACAGGGGUAAAGGCUAUCACUGUCUCUCUUUGUCUAAGAAGUGUAAAAAUUGCUAGUAAAUACCUUAACCUCCUACCUGCUGUCUCCUCUGUGCUUAGCUGAGAAACUGCAGCAUUUAACCUAGUGAGCUAUCCAUGAUGGACUAUCCUGGGUCGCAGUGUGUACCCAUUUACUUGGCUAAACUACUUGAAGCUUUGGAAGGAGGUGGUUUCAGCUAGGGCUACCUGCUGCUUGAUAGCUCUCUGACAACAUUUAUGUGGUGAUCAGAUGGAACUAAGUUAAUGGUUGCCUCUGGCCUUGUAGCCUGAGUGUGGGUGCGAAGGUCAGGAGGAAUGAGCCUUUGUAAUAAAUAUCCUUAGGGAGUAGGGCUGUUAGCUGUUUAAAUGGUAUCUCUACAACAGACAGAGACCUGACAGGACAUGAGGAGAAUGGAGAGCGUGGUGAGUUUUGCCAGUUAUCAGGCAUAACUCAUCUGUGGUUACAAUGUCAUUGAUUGAAUGUAACCGUAAAGACCAGUUCAGUAUUACCUGUGAUAAACCUCAAGUGUACUUUUCCCAAUUCAGUGAGUGCAUCUCUAUACUGCUGCCUUGAAAUCUGUGAUUGCAACUUGCUUCUCUUGCUCAUCCCAAAUCCCUGUCACAUUCCUUGGCAGGAAGGAUUCACACCAACCUCCCAUUGUGGAGAACCAUUAAAAUAGGAAUGAGCCAGCCUACUGUACGUGAAGGAGAUAAACCGCGGUUCCAUGUCCAUUCAGGAUACUGUGAACGAGAACCUCGGGGACCAAGAACUGUCAGGUCACAUGAGUUGCCAGAGUGCUGCUGCUGUUCAUACAGGCACAAUCUCUCCAUUGCCUUAACAAGAAUGCGAGUGCUCAUUGUGCUACUCCUCCUCAUGCCCUCAUCUCUUGAUUCACCUCCCCUGCUGCUCCUGUUAGUGGAUGCCAGCAGCAGCCUAGAUCAGGAAGCAGAGUGAUAGACUUGUUGGUGCACCUGUAACUUCCUUUCUCUGGGUGGGAAUUUCUAAAGUGCAUUUAGCCUGAUUUGGGGUUUCUGCUUGUGUGUGAUUCUUUUGUUUUAGAUUGUGUUGGAAGCCUUUUUUAAGUUUUUAAAAGAAGCUACCUUUAUGCAAGCAACUAAACAUUGUAAGUUAACCCUUAAAAAUAGACUUUUUAAAGUGAUAAAUGUUGCUAAAACAUAAGGAAGGUACUGCAGCUUUAAUUGAAUAGGACGUGGUGCGAUAGUGGAGCUGCCCUUGAGAAUGUAGUUUUGAACAGUGCGAUUUAAUUUUAAACACUCUCUCAUUGCCAAGUUUGGCACUGCCUUGAUCACUCAUGGCGAGCAUAAUCCAUUCAAAGGGUGCAAGCACUGGGACUGGGCAAGGUUGUAACACUGGUCCUUUGCUCUUGCAUGUGUUUGAGUAGAACCUAUAUUGGGAUGAGGCAAGUGUCCAACCUGCCUGUACCUCCCCCUCAUCUCUCCAUUUAUACGGAACACUCGUGAAUCCAGUGCUGUCACAGAAAGAUUGUUUAGGUCGCACAACUAAAGUGGUCCCUUCAAAUGUUCAUCUGUUUCUUGACCCAGUUUACCUCUUCAUUUCUCCCCCCCCACAACCUACUCCAUAUAUCUCUCUGCUAUAGUAAGGAUGAGUCCUUGGUUUAACUUGAGUGUUUUCCCCAAGGUGAGGGAUGGAGUUUUGCAGAUUUGGGAAUAACGCACAAUAUUUCUGUCUCAGGAGAGGUCUUGAAACAAGAGUUACUGCAUCACCUCUAAUCCACUGAUGGUGUUAUAUUAUUGCCCUCUCCUUGACAUUUUUUUAAAAAUAGUAUAAAUCAUGUGGUUUGGUCGAGUUGGUGACUCUAGUUUAAUUAAAUGGAGGCUUCAGUGUUGCCAUUAAGCUGGUUGAUUGUCGCUUGUACAUUGAAAUGUUGAUGUACAAUGCUCUUAAUUCAUUCCAUUCCACCAACCAUAACCAAUCCACAUCUACCAGUAUUUCACCCAAUUGUUGUACAACUCCAGACUUUUUUCUCCAGAAACAGCUCGGAUGGUGCAAAGGAAUGUAUAAUUGGUUUGUUUACUGUUCCUCUCAAGUUAAACGGGAUAGUUGGAAGAGUUACCCUGAUGGGGUAGCUUGUGGCUUUAUGGAAACUUUAUGCUCCCCUGCCCCCCAGCAUUGCUGCAAACCUGGUGGCAGCACUGACAUCACCACAACUGGAAACCCCUUGAGGUUUAUGGAAAGAUGAGCAUAGGAUAAACCCAUCAACUGCUGCACAGGUCACGAUUUGAGGUGCUGCACUGACUACCGGCCCCAGUAAAAACCCUGAUGAUAGCGGUUGUGCAUUGAUCUGGGCUCAGCUAUGCUGCUUUUUUUAAAAAAAAAAAUGCUGAUUCAUUUUGUACUCUGUUGUGUUCAACUAUUUUUGAAUAGGACAAUGAUCGUGGAACUGAUGAGCCAGAAGCUCAUCCAAGGCUGUUACUCGAUCAGAUAUGAAGCACCACUCGUUACAUAAGCUAAUUUAAAUCUGCACUCUUCUCGGGUGUGGAAGUGUGUAUUUUAAACUGUCUAGUUUUUGCGCCAUGCCACAUUGUUUUCUGGUGUACAUCCAGGAAUCUGGCAGAUGAAGGACUUAUUUUUGUGUUUGUUUGGGGGAGGGGGAUGUGAAUACAAGUUUGACUUAUUGCACAGGCCUGUGGUGAUUUUACUUUUACCAACAAUUAUCUGUCAUGGAUACUGGGGGGUACAGUGUAUAAUGUAAUUUUUAAAACAUGUUGUGCAUAGUCUCUGAGCUUUGUAGAUAUUUUGCUUACAUCUCUGCUGUAUGAUAACUUGUAUUUUUUUUCCAUCGGAAGGCCCGCUACAGAGUUAAACCCCUCUCUACUUAACAAGAAACUCCCCCCUCCUCCAGAGAGUAGGGAACCCUGUGAAUACUGCCUUUUCACAUGUCUUUCAAAGCUUUGCAUUCUUUUGUGGAUCUGAUGGGGGUGUGAGGGGGGGUUGGGAGGGGAGGACAAGUAAAAAC